CCCUGAGGGAGGACAAGAAGAUGAGUGUCACCAAUCAUCACUCCUUCAACAUCCUGACCAUCAUCUUCCUCGUUCUGUCUACUACAGCUCUCUCUGCUCAUUUUCGGGUGUGUGAGCCUUACACCGACCACAAAGGGCGCUACCACUUUGGAUUCCACUGUCCUCGUCUCUCAGACAACAAGACGUACAUGUUCUGCUGCCACCAUAACAACACGGCCUUCAAGUACUGCUGCAACGAUACUGAGUUUCAAACAGUCAUGCAGGUCAACCUGACCACGUCUCCAGACGGCUACGCUCACAACAAUUACUCUGCAUUAAUCGGCGUGUGGAUCUAUGGAUUCUUCGUCAUGGUGCUGCUAGCGCUUGAUUUUCUGUAUUACUCGGCCAUGAACUAUGAGGUGUGUCGAGUUUAUCUGGAGAAGUGCGGGUUGGGCGGCCGCUGGCUGAAACAGGCCCGAGGUCAGUGGCACGGAGACGGACGGCCCGCUCAACCCGCAGCUCCGUCACAACCUCAAGAGCAACAUCAUGAACACAGCUGCAGUCAGAUCAGACACAGCCUGACGAGCCCGGGACAGACCGCACACAAUACCACAACAGCCUGAGACUGACCAUAUGUAAGGACCAACUGUUGGAGUCCCCUGGUGAGGAAGUGCAUUAUGGGAAACAUACUGUAGUACAUGCCCCUGCCAUAUGGACCUACAUGUCACAGGGCCCGUUUGCCCCAAGCCUCUCGAUGUGGUCCAAAUCUCACAGGGCACGUCCUUCAACCUCUUGACAAACCCAGAACCUCAACUCAGAGCCAACUGGAAAUGGUCCAGUGGUGGAACGAGAGAUUCUGAAGAGCGGCUGCACCGAGAUUUGUGGAACUCCGGAAGCAGAAAUCAGACCAAAAUGAAAUUAACUUUGAUGGACACAGAACUCACCCUGGACAUCUUUGGAGGACCCAUGUA